AUGAUUCGAGCCAGUCCGAGGUUUUUCACCGUACGAACAGUUCAAGCGUCGCUCAGAAGCUACGCUACUGCUCAUACCAGCAAGUCCGAAGUUGAUUUGCCCCGGCAAAUUCUUGAGCGCGGUUUGCAGCUGCUGCCCGAGCACGGCUGGGAUUUGGCUCCUGCAACUCGCAGUCUGGGCUUGAGCGAUCAGGCAGCUAGCAUUUUCCCUAAUGGCAAGUUCGACCUGCUCCAAUUUUAUUUGCAGAAGCAGACAGCGAAGCUUGCCUCCGUUCAGCUGAAGAGCUCUACUCCCGAUGGCUGUGUUCGUGAACUGGUGCACGCCCGCCUUUUGGCAAACGCCGAACUGGGGCCUUACCUAGGCGAGGCUGUCUCAAUGCUCAUGUCUCCCAAGUACCUUCCGUACUCGCUGGAGCAGCUGCAUAAUCUCGUCGAUGAGAUCUGGUUUCUGGCUGGAGACAAGGGUCACGACGCAACCUGGUACACCCGCCGAGGCUCGUUAGCGAUGAUCUAUGCAGCGAGCGAGUCCUUCAUGACCCGGGAUAACUCGCCUAAUUUCAAGCACACACUCAGUUUCUGCGACCGCCAGCUCAAUGCAUGGUCGCGGUUCGAGGCCGCCGAAGAGAGCGUCAGCGAAUGGUUCAAGUUUAAUGCUAUCGCUGCCUUCAAUGUGGCUAAAAGUUUGACUCGUUAA